CGUCCCUUUAUUUCCUUUUGAAGCAGCAAGCCAGACGCAUCGUUAUAAAUACUCCAUUGCAUUCUUCUUGUACUCAUCCCAAUACAAACCAAUCACAGGUCCACACACAUAUUUACAUACAUAGCACCAUGGUCCACCCAAACUCCCGAACCGUCGGCGACACCGAGCACAGCUGGUGCCGCGCCGUCCGCGGCGGCACCGGGAUCGCCGUCCUCGCCCUCCGAACCUCCAAGGCCCCCGACAUCUCCCACCUCCAAGCUUCCCUCCGAAGCCUCCAAACCUCCCACCCAAUCCUUAGGUCCCGACUCCUACACAACAACAACAACACAUUCUCCUUCCUCACCUCCCCAACCUCCUCCUUCACACUAACCUCCCUCGCCCUCCCCGCUAAUGUCUCCGACCCCCUUACUCAGAUCCUCGAACUCGAACUCAACCGCAACACGUGGCACGACUCCAACGACGACCACGUCUUCUUCGCCACCGUCUACACUCUCCCCAACGCCAACACUUGGGUGGUAGCACUGAGACUCCAUGUCUCCGCAUGUGACCGUACCACCGCGCUGUUACUUCUCAGGGAGUUACUUACUCUGAUGGAAGGAGAUCACGGCGCUGGCCAGGACAACAGUAAUCAUAAAGACGAACCUAGUCUGGCCAUUGAAGAUCUCGUGCCACGUGGCAAGGGCAAGAAGCCUGUCUGGACACGUGGCCUUGACAUGCUGGCGUACUCGCUCAACUCUCUCAGGCUGUCCAAUUUGAAGUUUGUUGACGCCAAAAACCCUAGGUUUUCGCAGGUGGUUAGGUUGCAACUCAACCAAAACGAGACCAAGGGAGUUCUAGCGGGUUGCAAGUUGAGUGGGAUAAAACUGUGUGGAGCACUGGUUGCUGCGGGGUUAAUGGCUACCCAUGGCUCAAAAAUGAGGUCCAAGAAGUAUGGAGUCGUAACCCUCACCGAUUGCCGAUCCAGUCUUCAAUCGCCCCUCACUGACAAUUUUGGAUUUUACCACUCCGCCAUUCUGAAUUCGCACGAGAUGAAGGGAGGGGAAACCCUAUGGGAGCUAGCCAAGAGGACUUACCAAACGCUCGCCCAGUCCAAAAACUGCAACAAGCAUUUUUCAGACAUGGCAGAUUUGAACUUUCUCAUGUGCAGGGCAAUAGAGAACCCUAGCUUGACGCCCGCCGCGUCGCUCAGGACCUCCUUGAUGUCGGUCUUUGAGGAGACCGUGGUGGACAACGGCGGCGCCAAGCAGCGCGAGAUCGGGGUUGAGGACUACAUGGGGUGCGCCUCCGUGCACGGUGUGGGACCCUCCAUCGCUAUUUUUGACACCAUUAGGGAUGGGAGUUUGGAUUGUGUGUGCGUCUACCCGGCGCCGUUGCACUCGCGGGAGCUGAUGCAGGAGCUUGUUGGGAAGAUGAAGGCUAUCCUCGUUGAAGCUGCAAACGGAUACACGGAAUAAUUCUCCUCGAUUUCUCUAUGGACAUUUAUAGUUAAAAACUUGUCAUUUUUAUAUUUGUUACAUUAAAUUCUUAAUUUAGUUUAUUUAUAUAAGAGCUUAUUUUAUUAGGUACGGAUCAUAUAUUAUGCAUUUGGCACCUGUUAUUUAUUAUACAUUGAUACUUCACUC